CCAAAAUUAAAGAAAGCCCAAAUUAAACCAAAGUAGCCUUUAUUUCUGGCCCACAUUAUCGCGCUCGAAAUAGUUUUGACAAUCUUUUUCUAGAGAGAGAAAAUAAAUGAAUUGCAAGCGAUUUUAGAGAGAGAAAGUUUUGGGGGCACCAACGAGCACGAAGAGGGACGAGCCUGAAGCAAUUUUACAUCAAAAUUACAGAAAUAGAACUGACCUAUACAUACGCGUAUUUGUAUGUAUCUAUUUAUCUCCGUAGUGUUGUUCUAGGAGGGAUUCUUUGAUAAUUUUACGUACUCUUGGGCAAAAGUUAUACCUCCUCGCUUUGAGUUGAGGUACCUUCUGCAUCAGAAGUUAAACCCUAGGCGCAGAGCAAAAAUUCAGAGGGGCACCCCAUUGUUUAGCCCUGAAUUGCUUCUUCUUCGUGGUAAUCGCAAUUGAGGAGUUUGCUUUCGUCAUGAGUUAAUGGACCAGAUUAUCUGUAGCUGUUGAAGACGGGAAUGCAUGGGUGCACUUCAACAUCUGUUCUCCUAGUCAAUGCCGAAUUUGAUUCAAUGGGGGGAGUUGUUGAAGGAGGAGUUGGUAUUGUUAACAAAACUUCUCCCCGACGAGCGGCAAUUGAGAAAGUCCAAGCAGAGCUCAGGCAAGAGUAUGAAAUUCGGGAGAAAAGGAAUAGAGAAUUGGCAUUUCUUGAGGAAGGUGGAGAUCCUAUGGAGUAUUAUAAGAUUAGGAGUGCUGCUUCAGUUAGUGUCCAUUCAACUUCAUUUACUGAUCAGCUUGUGACCAGUGAGGCAAAAGGUAGUAUUGCAUUUACUGCGUCUCCUCAUGGAGACUCUGUGGAAAGUAGUGGUAGACUUGGUGAAAAACCUUUUGAAUCCAAUGGUGCCGAUAAUCUAGUUUUAUUUGAUGCUGAACAUGAGUUUUCUGAAGGUGAUAAGAACUCAUUACAUGCCAGUAGGAGUAACAUUGUGCCAUCUGAAAAGUUAUCCCAGGUGGGAGGGAUUCAAAGAACUCGGGAGCAUGGAGAUUCAGCUGCUUUUGGCAUCCCGAGAAAAGCAUAUAAGAGACGAUAUCGGUCCCGUCCAAAUCGUGAUGGAACUAGGUCAAGUUCGACCGAUGUGAAUCCAACUCGUGCCAUUCAAAGCUCUUCUGUACCUUCUCGCCAUGGCCUCAGGGAUGUUAAAGGAUUGAUAUCUGAUGCGGAAAAUCUAAAUGCAUCAAUAGACUGUAUUUCAAAGGCAACAAGUCCAGUAGAUGGUGCUGUUCAGAAGACUGGAUUGACUGAUAGUCAGCAGGAUAUGGAGUUAGAUGGUAUAAAGACUGUAGAAUCAACUAAGGACCAGAUUGCUGGCGUUCCAGUGGAUGCUACCUCUGAUGUAAUUGCUUCUGAAAUUCCAUUGCAUGACCAACAAUCACACCCAGGUGUUGUGAAAACUCCUAUUCGAAUUGAUUCUGAUGGAACUGAGUCUGUCCAAGCAGUAGAAGAAAUUACUUCUGCAGUUGUUGAGUGUCAGCGUAGUGCGAAUGCCAUUGAAGUUGAGAAUCACUCUAGUUCAUGUCAGAUGAAUGGUUUCAGUAAUAAAAAGGAGGAUGGGAUGGAAGAUGGCAUCCGAAAAACCAGUGCUUCUCGUGGCAUAAAUAGUUUGGCUUCUGACAAGUCUUGUACCCAAACCAGGCUAUGUGUUGAUGGAAAUAAUGACAGUGAACUCUAUAGUAAAGUAAGAAAUGCUGACUCGAAAGGAAAGAUUUAUGACCAAACCCUAGUUCCAGAUGUGGACGCAGUUGUAAAAGGUGAUGAAUCUGUAAAAGACAAGAAACAGACUGAGGCUCUGGGUAGUUCUACUCUUGUCAAUGUGAUGAACCCUUCUGCAGGUCUAACCCGGAGAGAUAAUGGCUUUAAACUCCACCCUGAGGAUGAAUUGAAUCAAAGUGGAGCUACUUUGCAAAAUGAGGGGAAUGAUCAAUUUGUCAUUGAAGAAACAGAAGCUAGUGGACGCGAUGGAUCAGAAUCAGGGAGAAAACCCGCUGACAUUCGUAGACUCAACAAUUUAAAUUCUUCCAACGUCAGGCAACAGGGUUCUGUUGGUAUCUCAAUUUCGGAUCUUCCAGAGAGUGGGUCAUUGACUAGGCUUUCUACGGUUUCUUUGGAGGCUCAAACUUCUUCUUUGGCUGACUUGAACUUGGCAAGGAAAAUUGACGAAGACUCAAUCUUGAAAGAAGCACAAAUCAUCGAGGCAAAGCGAAAGAGGAUUGCGGAGUUAUCCUUUGCUACUUCUCCAAAGCAAAUUCAUCCAAAAUCUCAUUGGAAUUAUGUGCUUGAAGAAAUGGCGUGGUUGGCAAAUGAUUUUGCCCAGGAGCGUAUUUGGAAAAUAGCUGCUGCAGCCCAGACGAGUUCUCGAGCUGCGUUUACUUGUCAGCUGAGGAAAAAAGAGAAGAGUUCUGGUAUGGAGGCGAAGAAGGUUGCUCAUACUUUGGCAAAAUCUGUCAUGGAGUUCUGGCAUUCAGUAGAGGAGACAAGCAAUGUACUGGAGCAGCAAAAUCAAAGGGAGGAUAUACUUUCAGUUCAGGCUUAUGCAGUGAGAUUUCUGAAAUAUAACAAGUCCAAUAUUGUUCAUAACCUAGCUGAUUGGCGGUUCUCACCAGAUAGAGUGUCUGACAUGGAAAUCCUUGAUCUCUCAUGGGGGGACAAUAUAAAAGAAGAGAACUUAUUUUACACAAUUCCCCCUGGAGCCAUGCAGACCUACAAGAAUUCAAUUGAAUCGCAUGUGGCCAAGUUUGAGAGAAUUGCUAGUAGAGUGCAAGAGGAUGUGGAAACUUCUGCAUGUGGUGCAUCUGCAGGCUUCGAGUCUGAAGACAAUACAUAUGAUGAAGUUAUCGGAGAAACACACACAUAUGACAUGUCAAUGGCUUUUGAAGGUAGCAAGUCUUCAAGAUCUGCCGAAAAGAAUCGGAAACAGCUGAUAAAUGCAUACGGUGUGAGAUCGUAUGAAGUAAGCUCUGAUAUAUUGCAGAUGCAAUCUGCUGAAAAUAAAGUUGCGACACAAACUUUACUGGGAAAACGGCCAGGGGCGAGUCUUAAUGUGUCAAUACCAACAAAACGUGUUCGAACUGCUUCCAGGAGAGUUAUCAGCCCUUUUAGUGCAGGGACAUCUGCUUGCAUUCAGGUACCAAAUAAAACAGAUGUUUCAAGUGGUGAUACCAAUUCAUUUCAGGAUGAUCAGAGUACUCUUCGUGGUGGAUCACUUGUUCCACAUAGCUUGGAAGUUGAGUCGGUUGGGGCUUUCGAAAAACAAUUACCAUUUGAAUCGGCAGAAGUAUCGACAAAACAUAAGAAGAAGAAGAAAGCAAAGCAUCUGAAUGCCGCAUACGAACCGAGAUGGCAGGUUGAUUCCACUUUCCAAAACGAGCAGUUUCAGAGGGAUCACUUGAAGAAGAGUCAUCAACUUGAAUCUAAUGGUAGCAGCGGUUUAUUGGGUCAACCCAUGAUGAAGAAACCAAAGGUUAUGCGGCAAUCACAGGAUAACACUUUUGAGAAUAUAACACCAAUUACUGGUUCUGUUCCUUCUCCUGUAGUUUCCCAAAUGAGUAACAUGUCCAAUCCAAAUAAAUUUAUUAAAAUGCUUGGUGGUCGGGAUCGGGGUAGAAAACCAAAAGGUCUCAAGAUGCCUGCUGGGCAGCCCGGCUCAGGAAAUCCAUGGACACUCUAUGAGGACCAGGCACUUGUUGUCCUGGCACAUGACCUGGGCACGAACUGGGGGCUUGUAACUGAUGCUUUUAAUUACACUCUGAAGUUGAUGUGCAUAUACCGCAAUGCUAAGGAAUGCAAGGAACGUCAUAUUAUUCUGAUGGAUAAAACUUCUGGUGAUGGAGCAGAUAGUGCUGAAGAUUUGGGGCCCACUGAACCUUAUAGUUCUACAUUACGUGGCAUUCCCAAUGGAGCUGCCAGACAGUUGUUUAAACGUCUGCAGGUGCCAAUGGAGGAAGACACCAUGAAAUCUCACUUUGAGAAGAUCAUCAGUAUUGGGCAGAAACAAUACUGUCGUAAAAAUCAGAAUGAUUACCAGGAUCCCAAGCACCUUGAGCAAUUUCAUGUCUCUCAUACAAAUGCUCUUUCCACAAUUUGUCCUAACCCUCUGGAUCUGUGUGAUGCCACCAUGGCUGCACAUGAUGUACUCUCCCCUGGGUAUCAAGGGCAACACUCUGGCGGAUUAACCAUUCCAAAUCAUGGAAUUGUGACUCCCAUGCAUCCUGCAUCUGGUUCCUGUUCUGUGUUGCAAGGAUCCUCCAAUAUGAUGCUUGGCAACAACUUUUCAUCAUCACCUGGUUCUCUCAAUUCCUCUGUCAGGGAUGGUAGAUAUGGUGUUCCUAGAUCUGCAUCAUUAUCACCCAAUGAACAGCAAAGGAUGCAACAAUAUAGUCAAAUGAUACCCGGUAGAAAUAUGCCGCAACCCAAUGUCUCUGCUCCGGGAGCUCUUCCAGCAACUGAGCGUGGUGCUCGUAUUAUUCCUUCUGGCAAUAGCAUGGGCUUAGGGUCCGGUGUUAAUAGAAGCAUGCCAAUAGCAAGACCUGGGUUCCAAGGAAUUUCUUCACCAUCGCUUGUUAAUUCCGGGAGUAUGGUUUCCCCUGUUAUGUCGUCGGGUAAUAUGCACUCUGGAGUUGGUGGCUCUGGUCAAGGAGCGAUGUUGAGACCUCGUGACGCUUUGCACAUGACGCGGCCUGGGCCAAGUCAGGAUUCGCAGAAGCAAAUGAUGGUCUCUGACCCAGUGAACAACCAAUCUCACUUUGGUGGGUCGAGUUCCCCUUUUCCUAAUGCUUCAUCACCAGUGACAUCACACCCUCUCCAUCACCAGCAGUCCCAUCCAGUAUCUCCGCAGCAGCCUCAAGUUCCCAAUCCUCAUCAUCCACAUUUUCAAGGACCAGCAAAUCAUGCACCCAACGCCCAGCAACAAGCCUAUGCACUUCGCUUGGCUAAAGAGAGGCAGCAACAUCGACUUCUGCAGCAACAGCAGCAGCAACAGCAACAGCAAUAUGGUGCAUCAAGUUCUUUGAUGCCACAUAUACAGUCGCAGCCUCAAAUUCCUUUAUCUUCUCCUGUGCAAAGUGGUUCACAACUUCAACCCCAAGCAGGUUCUUCGCCAGCAUCACUUUCUCCAUUGGCUUCUUCGAUGAAUUCAACGCCACAGAAUCAGCAGAAGCCUCAAGCCCCAACUCGGGGAGUUGUAAGGAAUGCCCAACAACCUGGUGGCAGUGGGUUAACCAAUCAGGCAAGCAAGCAGCGGCAAAAGCAGGUUUCACAAGCUAACAGGCAACACCCUCAGCAGCGGCAGCAGCCACAAGGUGGUCAACAGCCAACAAAAGUUGUGAAAGGCGCUGGGAGAGGCAACACAGCGAUGCACCAGAAAAUCCCAAUUGAUCCCUCCCUAGUGAAUGGGGUUUCUACAAAUCCAGGGAAUCAGUUUCCACAGAAAGGGGAAGCAGCCACACAUUCAACGCAAAAUCAGGGCUUAUAUACUGGUUCAGCACUCAAUGCUGUGCAACCAACAAGGCAGCAUAUUUCUUCUCAAUCUAAUCAGUCCAUGCCUCAGCAAAAAAUCAAUUCUGCCUCAUCCACUAAACAUCCGCACCAGAUGAGUCACUCUGAUAAUGGCAGUCAGGCUUCUGGCCAUCAGUCUGUUUCAUCUUCGGCCGUAGCUGGUUCAAACCACCAACAUGCAUUAUCUCACCCAAAGUUAGCGAAUAGAAAACAUUUACUUCUUCAGAGAGUGGUUCCGUCAAAUCACCAGAUAAAUUCUGAUCCAUCAAAUAAACCACAAGUAAGAGAUUCCGAUUCUGAUCAGCACCUAACAACCAGCUCUACUGAGGUGGAUCCAAUGGUAACAUUGCCUCAAGCCACUAGUAAUACAACUACCGCGGUACAGUCUGUCUCUCCGGCCAGUGCUCCUCAGUGGCAUGCUUCAGAACCAUUUUUUGAACCAAAUACACUAAAUCCAGCAGCAAAUGUGUCAAUGCCCAACUCUAGUGAGUCUUCUCCGCAAGGGAGCCAAGGGCGUGGACAGAGACUAUCAUCAGCCAGUGUACCCUCCAUUAGGCAUGAUGUUAGUGCACAAUGGCAAAAGCAGCCAUCACAACUGCAAAAUCCUAACUCACCAGUGACCCAGCAACAGCAGCAGCAGCAGCAGCAGCCGCCGCCGCCGCUACAUUCUCAGCAGCAGCAGCAGCAGCAGCAGCUUCUACAAGCAGGGAGUGGCAAUUUGUACAGUAGGCCUACUGACCAUAGAUUGGAAUGAAGAUUAGCCAACAGAUUGUGUGGUGAUUGAUUGGUGCUGUCCAUGUCUGUCAGCAUAUUCUCGGGACAGCAUUGUACAGUGAAGCCGCGGAUAUGUAAGGGAGCAGAAUAUGACAUGUUGGCAAAUUUUAACAGUUGCCUACAAAUUGUGAAGAGGGAUUUUGGGUGGUUCAAAAUUUUGUGAAGAUUGUAUAUUAGAAUUGCCCUGAGGAGGCUUCGGGAAAAAGAUAGAGACAGAUAGUAGAGGUAGGUGUACAGGAUCUCAUCUCUCCUUUCGUUCCUUUCUCUUUGUGCCCCUCAUUGUUUACAUGCUCGUUUGAGGGGGCAAUAUUUGCUUUUCGCCUUCAUAGAUCCGUCAUGUUUUGUCGCCUGUAUCUUAAGAGGGUUUAGUUCUUAUUGAUAUGGCCGAAGGCUGUGAAAUUUUUGUGAAUAUUAAUUAGCCUUGUUGUGUAUACACUAGUCAAUAUCAUCAAAAUAGGGUUCAUCGACGCUUUUUGACCUGUAUGUUAUGUAUUAUGUUCUCAGAGAAUUUUUAGAGAUUCGAACGACAGGAAAUCAAUAUCAGAAACUCAUCUAACCCUAGUUCACAUAACCAGAGGGC